UUUGUUUCUCUAUAGGAGAGAAACAACGAGGAUAAUACUUCCAUGCUGGAAAUUACACCGGGUAUCAUGAAUCAGCUGAGAGAUCAUAGCCAGCAAAUCCCUAUAGAAGCACCAGUAGAAGUGCCAAACUCAGGGGCAGAAGAGGUUGUGGUUGUUGACAAUGAGACAUAUCUAGAUCAAAUGGAAAUUGACAGAAACUGGGAAAUUCCUCGAGAAAGACUGGAAAUUUUAGAAACGAAACUUGGUGGAGGAGAGUUCGGAGUCGUCAAGAUGGGAAAAUGUUUGAGAGGAGAUGGGAACAAAUUACCCGUCGCUGUUAAAAUGUUAAAAGAUACCAAUGACCAAAAACAGCGCAUGGCUCUAAUCCAGGAGUUAGAGAUGCUUAAGAAAGUGGGACACCACAAAAAUAUUGUGAGCUUAGUUGGAGCAUGCUCAUUUGAAGAACCCCUAUGUGUGAUUAUUGAAUUCGUACCAGAUGGAAGUCUGGAUCGGAUAUUGCUUGAGAGCCGUAUUCCUGCUCGCACAGAGGAUGCAAAUUAUGCAAACCUUUGGUCUAGACUGUCCGAGAGAGAUUUGCUAAGAAUCGCCAAAGAUGUCGCAAAUGGAAUGCAACACCUUGAAAGCAAGCUGGUUAGUUUUAGAUGUACGCUUAUUUCUUUUGACUUUCCCACCUUAAAUAUAGUGUGCGUUCUUUGUAUUUUAUGAAUCUUGAAAGUGGAUUGUAUAAUAAUUAUAUUUAAAACCAUUUUGCAUUUUGGAAAAUGAAUGAUAAUCAUUUCAUAUUGUUCUUAAAAUUUUUCUCGAACAUGCGUGGUUGCCACCAACCUAAUUUCAGAACCAGGUAAACGUCAUGCAUAUAAUUGGACAGUGUAAUAUAACGGUGUAAGCGUCGUGUUCGUGCGUUGUUUCCGGGCAUUUCGCCGAGUUAAAUGUUGUUGUUAUUUUCAAUGAAACAUUCAACCGAUAGCUCGUUCAUCCUUCAACUUUU